GCACGCGAGGGAGCGCGAGCCGGCCGGACCGCGGCGCCGCCCGAGCCAAUCGCCGUCGCCGGCCUCUCCAUGGGCGAGCAGGAGGAGGGGGCGGUGGGCGCAGCCGGCCGGGCCGCGGCCGCUCCGAGGUGAACGGCGCCGAGACGGGCUCGCGGCGCGGGGAGGCCGGGCGCGCCGCCGCUAUGAAUUCCGCCGAGCAGACCGUUACGUGGCUCAUUACCUUGGGGGUGCUGGAGUCGCCCAAGAAAACCAUCUCGGACCCGGAGGGCUUCCUGCAGGCGUCUCUGAAGGAUGGGGUGGUCCUCUGCAGGCUGCUGGAGCGCCUGCUGCCCGGCACCAUCGAGAAAGUCUACCCGGAGCCCCGGAGCGAGGGCGAGUGCCUGAGCAACAUCCGCGAGUUCCUGCGAGGCUGCGGGGCGUCCCUGCGCCUGGAGACAUUUGACGCAAACGAUUUGUAUCAGGGGCAGAAUUUCAACAAGGUCCUCAGCUCCCUAGUGACUCUGAAUAAAGUAACAGCAGUUUCAGAUCCCUGGGAGGGGCAGUUAGCCCUUGAUACGUCUCUUUUGAUCAGAAAAAACAUCGGCCUGGGAAGUGACUCCGUGUGUGCCCGGCCCUCCUCUCACCGGAUCAAGUCUUUCGACUCCCUGGGACCCCAGCCUUCGCACGGUCGGACUUCAAAAUUGUUCCAGGGCCAGUAUCGGAGUUUGGACAUGACGGAUAAUAGCAACAACCGACUGGUCGUAAGAGCCAAGUUUAACUUCCAGCAGACGAACGAGGACGAGCUGUCCUUUGCGAAAGGCGACGUCAUCCACGUCACGCGGGUGGAGGAAGGCGGCUGGUGGGAGGGCACGCACGGCGGCAGGACCGGCUGGUUCCCCAGCAACUACGUGCGCGAGAUCAAGCCCAGCGAAAAGCCCGUGUCACCCAAAUCUGGAGCCUUGAAGAGCCCUCCCAAAGGAUUUGAUACGACUGCCAUUAACAAAAGCUAUUAUAAUGUGGUGCUACAGAAUAUUUUGGAAACAGAAAAUGAAUAUUCUAAAGAACUUCAGACUGUGCUUUCAACCUAUCUACGGCCACUGCAGACCACUGAGAAGUUAAGUUCAGCAAACACUUCAUAUUUAAUGGGAAAUCUAGAAGAAAUAUGUUCUUUCCAGCAAAUGCUUGUACAGUCUUUAGAAGAAUGUACCAAGAAUCCUGGACUUGUGCCCAGGUCCUGGUGUCCGGUCACUGGAGAAGAGGAUGGGCUUGCUUGGCUGCUUUAUGGCAGAGCGGCUUCCGAGGCAGGUCCCUCCCCCCGCUGGCUCGUGGUCGGAGCACAUACUGUCUGGGACUGGAUGCCUGAAGCUCAGCAGAGAGUCGGAGGCUGCUUUGUUAACCUGAUGCCGCAGAUGAAGACCUUGUACCUCGCGUACUGUGCCAACCACCCGUCUGCAGUGAGCGUCCUCACGGAGCACAGUGAAGAGCUGGGCGAGUUCAUGGAGGUGAAGGGCGCCAGCAGCCCGGGCAUUCUCGUGCUGACCACCGGCCUCAGCAAGCCGUUCAUGCGCCUGGACAAGUACCCUGCGCUGCUCAAGGAGCUGGAGAGACACAUGGAGGAUUAUCAUCCAGAUAGACAAGACAUUCAAAAAUCCAUGACUGCCUUCAAAAACCUUUCAGCGCAGUGUCAGGAAGUGCGGAAGAGGAAGGAGCUGGAGCUGCAGAUCCUGACGGAGGCCAUCCGGAGCUGGGAGGGGGAUGACAUUAAGACCCUGGGCAGCGUCGUGUACAUGUCCCAGGUCCUGAUUCAGUGCGCCGGCAGCGAGGAAAAGAAUGAACGAUAUCUUCUGCUCUUCCCAAAUAUUUUGCUAAUGUUGUCUGCCAGUCCUAGGAUGAGUGGUUUUAUAUACCAGGGAAAGCUACCAACGACAGGAAUGACAAUCACAAAGCUUGAGGACAGUGAAAAUCAUAGAAAUGCGUUUGAAAUAUCAGGCAGCAUGAUUGAGCGCAUCGUAGUGUCCUGCAGCAGCCCGCAGGACCUCCACGAGUGGGUGGACCGUCUGCAGAAGCAGACCAGGGUCACCUCUGCGGGAAACCCCACCGUGAAGCCCCACUCCGUGCCGUCGCACACCCUCCCCUCCCACUCCAUCACCCCGUCCAGCAAGCAUGCGGACAGCAAGCCCGUGCCGCUGACGCCCGCCUACCACACGCUGCCUCACCCCUCCCACCACGGCACUCCACACACCACCAUCAACUGGGGGCCCUUGGAGCCUCCGAAGACCCCCAAGCCCUGGAGCCUGAGCUGCCUGCGCCCCGCACCCCCUCUCCGGCCCUCAGCUGCUCUCUGCUACAAGGAGGAUCUCAGCAAGAGUCCCAAGACCAUGAAAAAGCUGCUCCCCAAGCGCAAGCCCGAGCGGAAGCCUUCGGACGAGGAGUUCGCGCUAAGGAAAAGCACGGCUGCGCUGGAGGAGGACGCCCAGAUUCUGAAGGUCAUCGAGGCUUACUGCACCAGCGCCAAGACGCGGCAGACGCUCAACUCAACAUGGCAAGGCACUGACCUGAUGCAUAAUCACGUCUUGGCUGAUGACGACCAGUCAAGUCUAGACUCCCUGGGUCGUCGCAGCAGCCUUUCUCGUUUGGAGCCUUCAGACCUCUCGGAAGACUCUGACUAUGACAGUAUAUGGACAGCCCAUAGUUACAGGAUGGGUUCUACAUCUCGUUCACGCAAAGAAUCCGCACCACAAGUUUUGCUUCCAGAAGAAGAGAAAAUUAUAGUUGAAGAAACUAAAAGUAACGGUCAGACAGUGAUAGAAGAAAAGAGCCUCGUCGACACCGUGUACGCACUAAAGGAUGAAGUCCAGGAGCUAAGACAGGAUAACAAGAAGAUGAAGAAAUCUCUGGAGGAGGAGCAGAGAGCCCGCAAAGACCUGGAAAAGCUGGUGAGGAAGGUUCUAAAGAACAUGAACGAUCCCGCUUGGGAUGAGACCAACCUCUAAGGAACGUCCCGGGCUCUUUCUCGAAGAUCGGUUACGAGACCCAAAGCCGGAGCCCCGUGACCACAACCGAGUGACUCUCAGGACCGCAGAGCAGGGCUGCACGGAAGUCCUCUUGCCUUCUGUGCGUAGAAAAGCUGCAGCCGAUCACGGCCGUGGCGUCCCUGAAGAACCAGCGUGAGGUAUAGACGCCGAGGCCGGACUGUGCUGCCUUCCUCUCAACAUCUCAGUACCUCAUUUUGCAAUAAGUGCAGUGACUGCGUCUGGUCUUUCAGGCUUUGAUUGAAUAUAUAUAAAUGUUACAUAUACGUUGCCUGUAAAUGCUCCAUUUUAAAUGCGUAUCCGUGGUGGUUGUGUCUGGGCUGAUGCCUGUGCUGCAGUGUCCCUCCACUAACCUCUCUGGUCCCGUGCACUGGGACGCGUGCUCACGCACUCGUGGGAAGCAGAGUCUGGAGAGCGCACGGGUGUUUCUGGGAGAUGCCUGCUCUGUUCUCCGCCGCCGCGGUGCUCCAAAAACGCCUCCCACCGCAGUCUGCCCGAACGACUCGCCUUGUUCGUACCUGCGAGACACCUUCAUCCCGCUGGAGAGUCUCCUGGUAAAGCACUGUCGCAGUCACUGGCGUGCGGCACUCCGGCUGAACUCGGGGGUCUGGGCCUCAGCCCCGAACCCGAGGAAUCGUGUGCGUCCAGCAACAGGUGUGCACGCGUCCGCUUCUUGUGAACACCUGAGCGUCGGAGGGUAUCCGGCCCGCUGGGGGGGACUGACGUGUAGGCUGGUUUAAUAAG